AUGGCUCCGCUCUGCGCGCUGCUGUCCUGUCUGCUGUUCUGCACGCUCUGCUCCGCCGACAGCCAGACUCCAGAGCAUCUCUCUGGGAAGCUCAGUGAUUAUGGUGUGACUGUGCCCUGCAGCACAGAUUUUCGAGGACGCUUCCUCUCGCAUGUGGUGUCCAGCCCUGCAGCAGCCUCCACAGAGAGUGUGGGAGUGGACAGGUCACCUAUCGCACCAUCGCACUCCAGUCACCGGGUGGCUCGCAGCCCCCUGCAGCUGAAAGUGUCACCUGCCAGGCGGCAUUUCCUCUACUUCAAUGUCACUGUCUUUGGGAAAGAGCUGCACUUGCGACUGAGGCCUAACCGGAGGUUGGUGGUGCCCGGGGCCUCUGUGGAGUGGCAGGAGGAUUUUCAGAAGGUCUUCUGGCAGCCCUUGCAGCAGGAAUGUGUGUACACUGGAGGUGUCACGGGGAUGCCUGGUGCAGCUGUUGCCAUCAGCAACUGUGAUGGAUUGGCGGGCCUCAUCCGCACAGACAAAACUGACUACUUCAUUGAGCCUCUGGAGCGAGGGCAGCAGGAGAAGGAGGCCAGUGGGAGGACACAUGUGGUGUAUCGCCAGGAAGCCAUCCAGCAGGAAUGGGCAGAGCCUCACGAGGACCUUCACAAUGAAGCCUUUGGCCUGGGUGACCUUCCCAACCUGCUGGACCUGGUGGGGGAACAGCUUGUUGACACAGAGCGGAAGCGGCGACACGCCAAGCCUGGCAGCUACAGUAUCGAGGUGCUGCUGGCGGUGGACGACUCGGUGGUUCGCUUCCAUGGCAAGGAGCAUGUGCAGAACUACGUCCUCACCCUCAUGAACAUCGUGGAUGAAAUUUACCAUGACGAGUCCCUGGGGGUCCAUGUGAACAUCGCCCUUGUCCGCUUGAUCAUGGUCGGGUACCGACAGUCUCUGAGCCUCAUCGAGCAUGGGAACCCCGCUCGCAGCCUGGAACAGGUGUGUCGCUGGGCACAUUCCCAGCAGCGUCAGGACCCCAGCCAUUCUGAGCACCACGACCAUGUUGUCUUCCUCACCCGGCAGAACUUUGGGCCCUCAGGAUAUGCACCUGUCACUGGCAUGUGCCACCCCCUGAGAAGCUGUGCUCUCAACCACGAGGAUGGCUUCUCCUCAGCCUUUGUGGUGGCCCAUGAGACUGGCCAUGUGCUUGGCAUGGAGCAUGACGGGCAGGGGAAUGGCUGUGCAGAUGAGACUAGCCUGGGCAGUGUCAUGGCACCCCUGGUGCAGGCUGCCUUCCACCGUUUCCACUGGUCCCGCUGCAGCAAGCUGGAGCUCAGCCGCUACCUCCCAUCCUAUGACUGUCUCCUGGAUGACCCCUUUGAGCGCACCUGGCCCCAGCCCCCAGAGCUGCCCGGGAUUGACUACUCAAUGGAUGAGCAAUGCCGCUUCGACUUUGGCACUGGGUACCACACGUGCUUGGCAUUCAGGACCUUUGAGCCCUGCAAGCAGCUAUGGUGCAGCCACCCUGACAACCCAUACUUCUGCAAGACCAAGAAGGGGCCCCCGCUGGAUGGGACCGAGUGUGAACCAGGCAAGUGGUGCUUUAAAGGUCACUGCAUCUGGAAGUCGCCGGAACAGACUUAUGGCCAGGAUGGAGGCUGGAGCUCCUGGACCAAGUUUGGGUCAUGUUCUCGGUCCUGCGGGGGCGGAGUGCGAUCCCGCAGUCGAAGCUGUGACAAUCCCCCCCCAUCCUACGGAGGUCGCUCAUGCUCAGGGCCCAUGUUCGAGUACCAGAUCUGCAACAGCGAGGAGUGCCCUGGGCCUUAUGAGGACUUCCGGGCCCAGCAGUGUGCCAAGCGCAACUCCUACUACAUCCACCAGAACGCCAAGCACAGCUGGGUUCCUUAUGAGUCUGAGGAUGAUGCCCAGAAGUGUGAGCUGAUCUGCCAGUCAGCGGACACAGGAGGUGUGUUCAUGAACCAGGUGGUUCACGACGGGACACGCUGCAGCUACCGGGACCCAUACAGCGUCUGUGCCCGUGGCGAAUGUGUGCCCAUCGGCUGUGACAAGGAGGUGGGGUCCAUGAAGGCAGAUGACAAGUGUGGAGUCUGCGGUGGAGACAACUCCCACUGCAGGACUGUGAAGGGGACACUGGGAAAGGUCUCCAAGCAGUCAGCAGCUCUCAAACUCGUGCAGAUCCCAGCAGGUGCCAGGCACAUCCAGAUCGAGACACUGGAGAAGGCCCCCCACCGCAUUGCGGUAAAGAACCAGGUCACGGGCAGCUUCAUCCUCAACCCCAAGGGCAAGGAGGCCUCUAGCAGGACCUUCACUGCACUGGGCCUGGAGUGGGAGCACGUGCUGGAGGACACCAAGGAUAGCCUCAAGACCAGUGGGCCCCUGCCCGAAAGCAUCUCCCCUCAGGUGCUUCCCCCAGCUGAGGGUGGCCCCCGAGGCAGCCUAUCCUACAAGUACACCAUCCACGAGGACCUAUUGCCUCUCAUUGGGAGCAACAAUGUGCUCCUGGAGGAGACGGACACCUAUGAGUGGGCCCUCAAGAGCUGGGCCCCAUGCACCAAGACCUGCGGAGGAGGAAUCCAGUUCACUAAGUAUGGCUGCCGGCGCCGUCGGGAUCACCACAUGGUGCAAAGGCACCUGUGCGACCACAGGAAGCGGCCCAAGCCCAUCCGCCGGCCCUGCAACCAACACCUGUGCAACCAGCCCGCGUGGAUGACAGAGGAGUGGGGUGCCUGCAGCCGGAGUUGCGGGAAACUGGGGGUGCAGACCCGGGGAGUACAGUGCCUGCUGCCCCUCUCCAACGGCACCCACAAGGCCAUGCCGGCCAAAGCCUGCCUUGGUGACCGUCCAGAAGCCCGGAGGCCCUGUUUCCGUGUGCCCUGCCCAGCCCAGUGGCGGACAGGGGCCUGGUCCCAGUGCUCCACCACCUGUGGAGAAGGCAUCCAGCAGCGGCAGGUGGGAUGCCGGACCAAUGCCAACAGUCUUGGGCAGUGCGAGGGGGACAAGCCAGACACUGUGCAGGUCUGCAGCCUGCCAGCCUGUGGAGGAAAUCUCCAGAAUUCCACAGUCAAGGCUGAGGUCCUAGAACUUGUGACUCCAGAGGGGCAAUGGGAGCCCCAGUCUGGGUCCCUGCCCCCUACCAACAGGAUAUUAGCAACGGAGCCCUGCGUGGGGGACCGAUCUAUCUUCUGCCAGAUGGAAGUGCUCAGUCGCUACUGUGCCAUCCCCGGCUACCACCGGCUGUGCUGUGAGUCCUGUACCAAGGUCUCAAGCCCCGGUGUGAGCCUGAACCCCAGCCUGACCUCACCACCUCCCUUCUCCACUCCUGGGAGUCCCUUACUAGAAUCCAAGGCCACUCCAGGGACUGUGGGGCCUACCAGAGGGUCAGGAGGAUCCAAUGACUAUCAGCAAGGCCACCCCACACAGCAACCAAGACCACUGGACACAAGCUCCUUGGUGACCCAGAGGCAUUUUGACCCGGAGACUCUAAGCCCAAGGGCACUCAGGGGCACUUCUCCUGCCACCCCUGUGGGACCGCCUUGGGUCUGGACCCAGGCAGCUGUGCCAACCUCCAAGGAUCAAGGACAGCCCAGGGAGGACCCAAACCAUCCAGGCACCAGUCUUCCUGCCACCUCCUUGGUGACCUGA